AUGGCAUUUGGUCCCCCCCGAGGAGCCCCCCGCGGCGGCGGCAUGCGAGGUGGUGCUCGCGGUGGUCGUGGUGGCUUUGGUGAUCGUGGUGGCUUUGGCGAUCGUGGUGGCUUUGGAGGUCGCGGCGGUCGCGGUGGUUUUGGCGGUGAUCGCGGAGGUCGUGGCGGUCGAGGAGGACGAGGCGGCGGGUUUCGAGGUGGCCGCGGCGCCCCUCGAGGCGGCCGCGGCGCUCCCCGAGGAGGUGGCGCGCCUGGACAGAGGGGAGGAUCCAAGGUCAUCGUCGAACCCCAUCGGCAUCCGGGUGUCUUUGUCGUCCGUGGCGGCAAGGAGGACGGCAUCGCCACGCGCAACAUGGCUCUGAACGAGUCUGUCUACGGCGAGAAGCGUAUCCAGCAUGACGAGGUUGUCAAGAACGACGACGGCACUACCACCACCACCAAGGUCGAGUACCGGAUGUGGAAUCCCUUCCGCAGCAAGCUGUGUGCUGCCAUUGCCGGUGGCGCCGACGAGAUCUACAUGCGGCCCGGCUCCCGUGUGCUCUACCUGGGCGCUGCUUCGGGCACCUCCGUCUCCCAUGUUGCCGACGUCGUCGGCCCCACUGGCUAUGUCUACGCUGUCGAGUUCUCGUCUCGAUCCGGACGAGAUCUCAUCGCCAUGGCUUCGAAGCGGCCCAACGUCGUGCCUAUUGUCGAGGACGCCCGCCAGCCUGCCCGCUACCGCAUGAUUGUGCCCAUGGUCGACGUCAUCUUUGCCGACGUUGCGCAGCCCGACCAGGCCCGCAUCGUCGCCAUGAACGCCAACUGGUUCCUCAAGACUGGCGGCGGUGUGCUCAUCUCCAUCAAGGCCAACUGCAUUGACUCUACCGCCCCUCCGGCCGAGGUCUUUGCUAACGAGGUCAACAAGAUGAGGGCAGAACACAUUAAGCCCAAGUUCCAGCUGACGCUCGAACCCUUUGAGCGUGACCACUGCUUGGUUGCCGGUGAAUAUCAACGUCACCAAUCAUGA